AUGGCGUGGCCGGGGCGGCGUGGGAGUUCGCCCUCGACAUCCGCUGGCGGCGCAGCACCACCCUGCCCGCCCCGUGCCCACCCGGCCCCUGCCUCCGCCCGGAGCCCAGGAUCAAAGGGGGGCCGAUCCGGUGACAGGAGGACGGGCAGGGUCCGUCGCAGGUCGGCGGGCGGGCCCAGCUUCUCCACCAGCUCCGCGCUGUCGGGCGUGAGGUACUUGGCAAACACCGGCUCGUCCGAGCAGUGCCGAACCGCAAAGUAG